AGUCCCCCUCCAAUAGCAACAACAUGGGCGGGCGAUAACAAAGCUCUCCACAUUGUCAAGUGCGGGAUGACUGCGGCUAAAGAGCAUUGCACAAUGGAGAUCAGUGUUACCUUGAGAUCUUCUGGAUCUCAGUGCCCCAGCGUUGCGACCACCGGUUCGAGAUGGAUGGAUCCGAUCUGCUCAUCGUCAACGGCCUCGUGGUGACUGCAUCUGAUACUGCCAACUACGACAUUGCCAUCAAAGAUGGUAAGGUCGCACUUCUGGCACCGCCAGGCGUGUUGUCCACAAACAGUGCGAAGCGGGUGAUUGAUGCAGAGGGCGGCUAUGUUAUGCCCGGCGGCAUCGACUGCCAUGUCCACCUUGAAGAGCCCGCGCUGUUUGGAGGGAAGGGAAGGAGUUCAGACAACUUUGAGACAGGCACAAGAAGCAGUAUCUGUGGCGGGACUACCACGAUCGUCGCAUUUGCUCCUCAACCAAAAACCAUACCUUCGCUCCUUCAAGUCCUGGAAGAUACUCAUGCCCGAGCCAAGGACAACUGCUAUACCGAUUAUUCAUUCCACUUGCUAGUUGGGCAUCCCGGCGAACAAGCCCUGUCGGAGUUCCCUCGUUUACGCGAACUCGGCAUCUCCUCGCUCAAGAUCUACAUGACAUAUGCGGCUCUUCAGCUUCGCGACGAUGAGAUUCUCGACGUGUUAUAUACAUCCAGGAAAGAGGGCAUCACUACCAUGAUACACGCCGAAAAUGGAGAUGUGCUGAAUUGGAUGACCAAGAAGCUGGAGGAGAGACAAUUGUUCGCGCCCAAGUAUCACGCUACGUCCAGACCGCAGCUAGUGGAAACCGAGGCCACCAAUCGAGCCAUUGCACUGGCAGAGUUGAUCGAUGCGCCCAUCCUUGUCGUACAUGUCUCGUCCCCAUCUGCGGCUGCCCACCUUCGCAAUGCUCAAACACGUGGCCUACCUGUGUAUGCCGAGACGUGCCCGCAGUAUCUCUUCCUCACCCGUGACCACUUGGAUCUGCCAGACUUCGAGGGUGCCAAAUGUGUCUGCUCACCUCCACCGCGGGAUUCAGCAAAUGAUCACGAUGCGAUAUGGAUUGGCCUUGCUAACGGGACUUUUACUGUCCUCUCAUCUGAUCACUGCCCGUUCAUGUAUGACGACUAUGAGAAGGGCAAGAAGUCCAUUAUCAGCAAAGAGUAUCCUGAAGGACGCUUUAGUGGCAUUCCCAAUGGAUGUCCGGGCAUUGAGACACGCCUUGCUCUCACGCUGAGCGCAAAUAGGCUGCCCUUACAAAAGUUCGUUGAAGUGACGAGCACCAAUGCAGCAAGACUGUACGGGCUAUAUCCACAAAAAGGAACGAUACUUCCUGGUGUUUCCGAUGCCGAUUUGACCAUUUGGUAUCCUCCCGGGAAGCUUGGGACAUUCAAACUCACAAACUCGAUGCUGCAUCAUAAUGUAGAUUAUACACCUUUUGAAGGGAUGGAGUUGAAUCAGUGGCCAAGGUACACCAUUCUCAGAGGAGAAGUGGUUUGGGACAGAGAUAAUGGUGGUCUGUUGGGAAAGAAAGGAUAUGGCAAUUUCAUAAAACGAGGGAAGAGCACACUUCCUGGCCCUGGGAAGGAGGGCGAGUGGGACGUCAGUACUUUCUGAGAUCGAU